AUGGAUGGUGGCUUUGAUGCGGCAACGUUAAAGGUUAAUGACCUGCGAGAUGAACUCAGGAGACGGGGACUUAACCCUAUAGGAACAAAAGCUAUUCUUACACAACGCCUUACAAAGGUAUUAAGUGAGGAAGGAAAGACGCUGCAAGAUUUUGCGAAGUCAUUGGCUGAAGCAAAACAACCCAUCGAAACUGCCGUUGAGGUGAGCGCUGCUGAUGGUGUUUCGGUUGACGAGGAAGAACUUGGGAUUUCUCAAACUAAUGGUGAUUCUGGCGUAAUGGUUCCAGAUGAAGAACCCAAGCCACGAAGUCCAACUCCAGUGGAAACUUCUGAAUCGAAAGAACCUCCUUGUACAAAAGAAAUUGAGCCUCCUAGGGAUCGUGAGUCUCCAAAGGAGUGUCGUCUUUCCAGAGAACGCGAUCGUUCCAGGGAAAGGGAUCGGGACCGUUCAAAAGAACGCGAACACUCAAGAGAACGAAGUCGUCACAAGUCUCGUGAAAGUGAGCGCACUCGUGACAGAGACCGGUCAAGAGGCCGUGACCGUUCCAGUGACCGUGAAAGACGAAGGUCUCCUCGCCGCACUCGUGAACCCAGUUUGAGCAUAGAAGAUGAGUCCGACGGCUGGGAGCAAAAGGAUAGCGUAUUUUUGGAUAUUUACAACUCAGACCUCAGUCUUGUUGUUAGCCAAGAUUGCCUCUCCGCGAAACCCUUAACCGAAGGUGGUUUCUCAUUAAUGUGGGCUGGAGCGCGUGCCAACUACGGUGUAAAUGGUGGAAAGUCAUUUUUUGAGGUUAAGGUGAUCAAAGAAAUUUCUGUCGAAAACUUGGAAUCUUUAGUUGGUGGCUCAACUCACGUUCUACGAAUCGGCUGGUCAACGGAAAAGACCGGUUUUGCUCUUGGUGAAGAGCCUUUCUCUUAUGGGUACGGAGGAACAGCUAAGAAGUCCUGCGACGGUAAAUUUGUGGACUACGGAUGCAAGUUUGGUGAGGGGGAUGUCAUCGGUGCAUUCCUGGAGAUAGCAAAUUCUGAGGCUUCAAUGAGCUUUAGUGUGAACGGUGUACAACAAGGAGAAUGCUAUCGGAUUCCUGUCUCGUCUUUUGGCGAUGACUUUGCACUCUUCCCCCACAUCUAUGUGAAAAAUGUUGAAUUUUCAGUCAACUUUGGACAGGAUAAUCAACCUGCCUGGUUCUCACCCACUGAAGAUGCCGAUUCUUGGAAACUAAUCAACGAAAUUCCUCUGACAAGUCGUAUUCAUGCUCAAAAGCCACCACCUUCAAAAGCCGAAUGUGAAGCAAUUAUGAUGAUCGGACUGCCAGGUUCUGGGAAAACGUUCUUUGCUAAUAAUUUGUGCAAGGAGAAGCCGGAAAUGCGCUACAAUGUGCUUGGGACAAAUUUAAUACUUGACAAAAUGAAGGUCACGGGCCUCUCACGAAAGCGCAACUACCACGGUCGAUGGGACGCACUUAUUGACAAGGCAAACCAGUGUCUGAAUAAGCUUAUUUCAAUCGCUUCGAAACGGAGGCGGAAUUACAUUCUUGAUCAGGUGCGUUUCGGUCAUGACUUUAUCCGUAAACUUCCUUCACAUCAUGUUCAAUUUAAACGAGUUUCCCCGUGUAUGGGGUUCCGGCGUAAAAUGCGCCCUUUCGAGGGUUUUCAGCGCAAGGCGAUUGUUAUCGUGCCCACGGAUGAAGAGUUCAGGCGCAGGAUUGACCAGCGCACGAGGGAGGAAGGGAAGGAAGUGCCAGAGAAAGCUGUGCUCGAAAUGAAAGCCAACUUCGAGAUUCCAAAGGCCAUCGACAUGGACCCCUCCAGUGUCUUCGAUGAAGUAAUCUUUACGGAGUUACAACGUGACGAUGCCGAAAAGUUAAUUAAACAGUAUAAUGUUGAGGGGAAGGCUAGUCGACAGUCUGAAAAGCGGGCCCGUAUGGAUUCCUCCAGCCAGCGGGAUUACUCUGGAAGUCGAUUCAGCGGUGGUGGUGGUGGCGACAGUCGCGACUACCACGACCAUCGUUCCAGAGUUGACAGCUAUGGAAGGUCACCAGGCCGCAAUGACUACGAUCGCAGGGAUUCACGCGGCCGAUUCGACUACCGGAAUGAUCGUUGUGGUGGCGAUCGAGGUCGAUUCGGUGCCAACCGUGGGCCCCGAUAUCGUGACGGUGGACGCGAUUUCGGUGGUGGUGGUGGUGGAGAGGGUCGCUACGGGGGUAAUAGCCGUUUUGGCGACGACUCCGAUUACCAUGGCUCCGGCGGUAGAGGCCGCGGUGCCUAUGGCGGUGGAUACCCACGAGGCCCUCGCGGUGGUGCCAGAGCUGGAUUUGGUGGCGGAUCCUUCCCACCUCCCGAUCGUCCUCCCUACAGCAAUUCGCAGUACGAUCAGUACGCUUCGCCUGACAAGCCUUCCCACUAUGGUCGAGGUGGCUAUCGCGGUGGUGGUGGUGGCGGCGGAGGUGAUGGGUACCCCAGAGAGAGCGGCAGUCGUGGAGGAUAUCAGUCCGGAGGUUAUGAAGCCUAUAGCGGCGGGUCCGGUGGCGGCGGUGGUGGCUACGGUUACUAUCAGUCUGGUGAAAAGAGGGGAUAUGACCGCAGUGGUGACUCACCUCCUGGACCUUCGGGUGCAGAUGACCAAUAUGGCGGAGGUUACCAAGGCGAUGGUAAGUGA